AUGUACGACCUUACCAGCUUAUCCAAGUUUAGGGUAGACCUCGAAGCACAGCGUCUAGGUGGUGUAGUUUCCGCCUAUGUAACUCUCUUUCCUAUGCCUGCAACGUACUUCUGUAGCUUCGCGACACAAAAGAACAACACCAAAGGUGCGUCGGAACCUCCAGCCAAAAUCCAUCACUUUCCGGCCGCUCCUAACGGUGGUCACUACCAGCAGCAGCAUCAGCCGCAGCAACAUCAACAUCAGGCUGCCGUUGCUCCGCGUCGACGCGCCAACUCCCAUCGUCUGACAGACGCUCAAGUCUUCGACCGUUUACGCGCCAUUGUCAGUCCCGGAGAUCCCCUCCAAAAGUAUCAACUUGUGGAGAAGAUAGGUCAGGGGUAA